AUGGGAACAACAAAUGUCAAGCAAAAGAUGAAAGAGACAAGGGCUGUUAGAAAAGAUGUUGAGGCAAGAAGAGAACAAGCAUUCCUUGGUUUGCCCCAAAGGCGAGCGGAAUGUGAUCAAACUGUUUUUCGCAUCUGCAAAGGAGUCAAGGCAUUUUCAUUCUGUAAGAGAAAGAACUUGCUGCUGACAGGGGGAAUGGAUCGAAUCAUUCGAGUCUGGAAUCCUUAUCUGCCUGGAAAACCAACAGGUAUGCUGAAAAGCCACACAGCUCCAGUGAUCUACAUCCAUGUAUCUGCUGAGGAUAACAAAAUAUUUUCCAUGUCCACCGACAACACUAUUAAGAUCUGUGAUCUAGAGACUGACAGCUGCUUGUUUACCGCCUCCUCCAAAGCCAGUGGAAUUAAGGGGGAGUUCGCAGCCUGCCUCUAUCUCCCCCACUCCAGAGCCCUGUGUGUGGCCACUGACAUGGCUGCAUUCCUACACUUAAGACUGAGAUCUCCGCUGGAGCCUUACCUGGUGGUCUCCCACCAAGAACUCGUGGUGUGCUGCGCUAACUAUCCAGCCUUCCGGCAGGUGGUCAGCUGCUCCGAAGCAUCUGUGGUAAAAGUGUGGGACUUCAAAACAGGAAGGUUGUUGUCUGGAUUCAUUGGGGCUCAUGGAAAUGCUGGAAUCACAUGUCUGACCUUUGACAUCAGUGGAAGAAGGCUAAUCACCAGGGGCAGAGACAGCUGUCUGAAAAUAUGGAGCUACAGCAACGGACAUUGUUUGCACACACUGCAACACAAUGAAAAGGAAAAUGAAGUCUGUGAUUGUACCUACUUGGAAGUGAACCAACAUAAGUGUAUCAUAGCUGUUGGAUGGGACAGAAAAAUAAAUGUGUAUUUUGAUGCACCAUGUGACCUUCAUCAUUUCUGGAAGCCACAGCCACACUGGCAGGAUGACCUGAACCAUGGGCACAAGGAGGACAUCCUCUGUGUGGCUCAAGGCCCACCUUUGCUUCUUGCCACCUCCAGUUACGAUGGGGAGGUCAUCAUUUGGAAUGUCAUCUCAGGCCACAUAUACUUCAAGCUGAAUACUUCCAGCCCCUCUGAUGGUACAGAAGACAGAAAAGGCCCAGACCAGAGUGUUUCCUGCCUCGCCUUCCUGAAGACUCGGGCUGCCAAGUUUGAAUCAGUGGCCGCUUCCCUCAUCGCCAACGGGCCCCGAGGUUCUGUCACCUUCUGGAGGCUGUUCGGUGGGGCCUGUCCCAUUGCAAACUUCACUCCCUAAUCCAGGGACAAAGUGCAAGUCAGCAGCAUCGCGGUGACAGCAGGAGAUGCCCUUGCCUACGUGGCUGACCAGAAAGGCUUGGUGCACGUCUAUGACAUCAGAGAGCAUGGCCUGCAGGGACCUGAGCCGCAGUCCCCCAAGAGUGUGACGUUCUGGCGGGCCCAUGUCAGUGUGGUGACAUCUUUGGAGCUGAUAGAAGAAAAGUUUCUGCUGUUGUCCUCCCUUGACCACACCAUGUGCCUGUGGAGCGGGGGCGGGGAGUACAUAGGAACCUUUGGGCAGCAUAGCCCCUGGGAUAUUUUCACUCCCACCUCCUGGAGCCACCCCAGAGUGCCCUAUGAAAUUUUGAUAGAUCCCCAGAGCAUGCUUGCUUACCCAGUGCUGGAAGGGAGUGUGGCUGCCACGCAUACAGAAGUGGAGGAGCAAGACAAUGUGGUGGAGGAAAAGGCUAAGCCUGAAAAGACCCCUAACCCUCGCUCUCCAGAAGACCCCAUCCUUGAAGUUGAAAUGAAAGAAGACAUAGAUCGAUGGUGUACAUUUCGCAAUGGCAGGCUGCCGCUUGACCAGAACCAGCCUUCCAGGAGAACAUGUGAGCUGGGGUGGCCCAGCAUCUACCAGACCCUCUGGUGCCACGAGGUCGCCUGCAUGUCCGCUGUUGGGGAGAAGCCAGACGUGUCUAUUAUUGGCUCAGAUUUGUUUAAUUUAAAUUUUCCCUCACAGGAAAAAGAAGGACGUGAAGCUGCCCAGGAGGAGCACUGA